UUCAUCCUGGCCAACGCUCAGGUUCACCGCGGCUUCCCUAUCGUCUACUGCUCUGACGGCUUCUGCGACCUCACCGGCUUCGCCCGCACCGAGGUCAUGCAGAAGAACUGCAGCUGUCGCUUCCUGUACGGGGCCGAGACCAGCGAGUCCGUCCUGCAGUGCAUCGAGAAGGUGCUGGAUGGGAGGCAGGAGUACCAGACUGAGGUCUGCUUCUACAAGAAGGGCGGAGCCGCCUUCUGGUGCCUGCUGGACAUCGUGCCCAUCAAGAACGAGAAGGGGGAGGUGGUUCUCUUCCUCGUCUCCUUCAAGGACAUCACGGAGAGCCGGGGCAAGAGCCACCCGGGCGACAGGAGAGAUGGUGCGCCCUGGCCGGGGAGCGUCUUUGGGAGCAAGCCGUCUGUUCCCGAGUACAAAGUGGCCUCGGUGCAGAAAUCCCGCUUCAUCUUGCUGCACUACAGCAUCUUCAAGGCCCUGUGGGACUGGCUCAUCCUGCUGGCCACCUUCUACGUGGCCGUCACCGUCCCCUACAACGUCUGCUUCACCGGCACCGAGGACAGUCUGGCGGCCGCCCGCAGCACCAUCGUCAGCGACAUCGCCGUGGAGAUGCUCUUCAUCCUGGACAUCGUCCUGAACUUCCGCACCACCUUCGUCAGCCAGUCGGGGCAGGUGGUGUACGACACCCGCUCCAUCUGCAUCCACUACGUGGCCACCUGGUUCUUCGUGGACCUGAUCGCAGCCUUGCCCUUCGACCUCCUGUACGCCUUCAAUGUGACCGUGACCUCGCUGGUGCACCUGCUGAAGACCGUGCGUCUCCUGAGGCUGCUGCGCCUGCUGCAGAAGCUGGACCGCUACUCCCAGUACAGCGCCAUGGUGCUCACCCUGCUCAUGUCCAUGUUCGCCCUGCUCGCCCAUUGGCUGGCCUGCAUCUGGUACGUGAUCGGCCGGAAGGAGAUGGAAAGUAACGACCCCCUGACCUGGGACAUCGGCUGGCUUCACGAGCUGGGCAAGAGGCUGGAGGCGCCCUACGUCAACAGCUCCGUGGGGGGCCCGUCUGUCCGCAGCACCUACAUUGCCUCCCUCUACUUCACCCUCAGCAGCCUCACCAGCGUGGGCUUCGGCAACGUCUGCGCCAACACCGACGCCGAGAAGAUCUUCUCCAUCUGCACCAUGCUGAUCGGGGCCCUGAUGCACGCCGUGGUGUUUGGCAACGUCACGGCCAUCAUCCAGCGCAUGUACUCCCGCCGUUCCCUCUACCACACCCGCAUGAAGGACCUCAAGGACUUCAUCCGCGUGCAUCGCCUCCCGCAGCAGCUCAAGCAGAGGAUGCUGGAGUACUUCCAGACCACCUGGUCGGUGAACAACGGCAUCGACGCCAACGAGCUGCUGCGCGACUUCCCCGACGAGCUGCGGGCCGACAUCGCCAUGCACCUCAACAAAGACAUCCUGCAGCUGCCGCUCUUCGAGACGGCCAGCCGGGGCUGCCUGCGCGCCCUGUCCCUGCACAUCAAGACCUCCUUCUGCGCCCCCGGCGAGUACCUGCUGCGCCAGGGCGACGCCCUGCAGGCCCACUACUUCGUCUGCUCCGGCUCCCUCGAGGUUCUGAAGGACAACAUGGUGCUGGCCAUCCUGGGCAAAGGGGACCUGAUUGGGGCCGACCUGCCCGGCAAGGACCAGGUGAUCAAAACCAACGCGGACGUCAAGGCGCUGACCUACUGCGACCUGCAGUACAUCACCCUGCGCGGCCUGGUGGAGGUGCUGGAGCUGUACCCCGAGUACUCCAGCAAGUUCAUGGCCGACAUCCACCAGGACCUCACCUUCAACCUGCGGGAAGGCAGCGAGAUCGAGGGGCUCCUGCGAUUUCCCAGAUCCCCUCGGUUAUCCCAGCCUCGCCCCGAGAGCGGCGCCAGCCCUGAGAAGCCCCUCCACUCCAUCCUGGAGGACCAGGAGGAGCCCGACGACGUCUUUCACCCUUCGCCCGCCAGCCUGACCCACCGCAAGCUGCUGCUGCCCACCCUGCACAGCCCCGUGCGGCGUGGCUCUCUCAGUAGCCUGCUGGGCGACGAGCUGCGCCAGUUCUCAGCUCUGCGCCGCACCUGCCGCUCCCCCGCCCGCUGCAGCCGGGGCAGGAGCCCCUCUCCGCGGUGUCCGAGAGACGACGAGAGCAGCAACGGCCGCAAGCCAGCCAAGCUCCUCAUCCCCUCCCUGCACACCUCCGGCCCCCCGGACCUGAGCCCCAGGGUCGUUGACGGGAUCGAGGAUGAUGGCGGGACAUCGGAGAUGCAAACCUUCCAUUUCAACGUGGAGCCGCCUCAGCAGAGCUCGGUCGUAGAAUCGCCGACGUCCGGUAACCGCCCGCUCCCAGCCUUAGGCGCAGAAGCGGAGGAGAUAAAGCAGAACGUCAGCAGACUGAACCACGAGAUCAAUAACCUCAACCAGGAAGUUUCCCACCUCAGCCGGGAGCUGCAGCGCAUGAUGCACCUGCUCCGGAGCCAGCUGCUGUGCGCCCCAGCCUUGGCCUGCCCCUACGGCCUCCCCGUUCUCUCCUCCCCGCCCCCGAAACCCAGCAGCGGGAGCGAGCAGCCACCCAGACUGCCCCCAGCGGCAGUGCCACCUCGUCUGCCUUCAGCUCACGCCUCCAUCUCGGUGCCACUGUCACCACCGCCGGGGGACGCUGGAGUCUCUCCCGGCACCACCUCUGCUGAGGUCCCUGGCUCCUGGAGCUCGCCCCCAGACAGCCCCCGGGAGCCGGAGGGGCUCCACGCUUCCAGAGACUCAUCCCACGCGCCUUCCAGCCAUUACCGCCUGCCCCGGGCGGACGUGGACGGGACCCACCUCCCAUCGACACAAGCUGCCCCGCUCUGCGGUGAAUUGCAAGAGUUGGGGGCCGGGCGGGGGGUGGAUGAGAGCCCCCCUGUGGCUCUUCCAGGGCACUUCCCGCUCCAGCUGUGA